AUGGCCGGAGUGGAGUCCCCGGGGCGCUGGACGCCGGAGCGAGCGGGGAGCGGCGAGCUGGGCGGCGGCGUCGCGGGCACGGAUGGCCGGCGCGGCCGUGACGUGGCGGGGCGAGCUGUAGCAGGGAGCUACGCGGGGCAGGGCACGCGAGCGGGCGCCGGGUGCAGGCGCGUGCGGCAGGGCAGGACGGAGCGAGGCGGGGGCGCGCGCGGUCGAGCGGGCGCGGGCGGCACACCGGCGUGGAGCUGCAGGAGAGAGGGCGCGGGUGGUGAGGCCGCGUGGGGCGGAGCGGAGCACGGGCGCGCGGCAGGGAGAGAGGAGGUCGGGGCCUCACCGCAGGCUGUAGGGAACGGGGCAGUGUUUGCUAGAGAGGGUGACGGCGACGACGAGCUUGGCGGAGACGGGAUGCAGGCUGGCGAGGACGGCGUCGUGGUGGUGGCGACGUAG